GGUGCGUCCGUAGACACACAGUAUACAGACUGCAGAGCUUGAAUGUCACUUGAAGUGAUGUCACUUUGCAUUUUUCUCGUGCUUCUCAGUAAAAUCUGUGAGGUGUCCGCUGUUAACAAGACCUCAGGUAUAACUCAGGACAGUGGAGUCAUAACAGCUAAAGUUGGAGAAGAUGUGACUUUGAAAUGCUUUUGUCAGGAUGAUGCUGUAACUUUCCUCUCUUGGUACCAGCAAAGUUCGGAAGGCAAACCUCUUAUCAUAUCAACUCGGAUGAAGCAAAACACCGAAGCGUCCAUCUCCCCUGCGUAUAAAGAAAGGUUUAAGGUCUUAGCACAAAGUGAAGAAGGCAGCAAUCAUCUCAUGAUUAAAGAUCUUCGCUUGUCGGAUUCAGCAACGUAUUACUGUGGGGUUUUAGAAUUCUACGCAGUUGAAUUCGGACAAGGAGCUUUCCUUCAUGUGAAAACACGACAGUCCAACAUCCAAGCUGUUGUCCAUCAGCCAGCAUUGGAGCCACUUCGGUUGGGAGACUCGGUAAAUUUGAGCUGUACGGUGAAUGCUGGAGCAUGUGCAGGGGAGCAGAACCUCUACUGGUUCAGACAAGGUGUGGCUCAGUCUACAGUCAUGUAUCACAGUGGGGGACAGUGUGACCAGCUCUCCAAUGAAGAGUCUAACAAGACCUGCACUUCAAACCUUGUUUUAAAGUCUGUGAGCUCCACCGAUGCCGGGAUGUACUACUGUGCUCUGGCCUCCUGCGGGGACAUUGUGUUUGGAAGUGGAACGAGAGUGGAGAUUAAAAGAGUCCCCCUUCUCUUGGUUUAUAGCCUGAUUUUAGCAUUGGCAGUGUCCAUUAUCAUGCUCCUUGUCUUGGCUUUCAUCAUGUACAAGUUGAAAAAAAAGUUAUGCUCUGUCUGCAAAGGAUCUGUCACUCAUCUGGCAUCUCCUGUAGCACCUGACGCCAUGAACCAAGAUGCAGACGUUCUCCAUUAUGCUGCUCUGGGCCUGAACAGAACCAGAGAUCGCCACCGCCGCGAGAACAACACGGAGAGCGUUUGUGUAUACUCAAGGAUAAACACCAAGAUAGAGUAAAGUAGGACUUUACAUUCAACCACUUCAACAAAUUAUAUCUCUUUCAUGUCAAUUCUAUGCAAGCCACUUUACGUGACUAAAUGUACAAUACAAUGUUGAAAUAAAAAUAAAAAAUGUUUUUGUGCAAUGUGUUUCAUUUAAAAUAUGUUCAAAUACAUACUGAAUACAGAUGUGGACAAAGCACGCCCAUGAAAAUCCCCUACUACGAUCUAUUAAUAUAUUCUUUUGCCAGAAACAUAAGCACAGGUUGCACCUUCGAUUUAUCGACGGUUCUCUCCGUUUACCUUUCACUCCUGUGGUGAAGGUGGUGUGAACUACAGAAUGCAAGUUUCCAUUAGUGGAAACACCAGUUCUAGCAGAGCUUUUACACAGGAAGACCGGCCUGUAGCUUCCAGGCCA